CAGGGUACAGACUACAAUAUGUUCCACGUUGAUUGAGGUCCUCUUCACAACUCGCCGCUACCCGGCACACCGGCAUGAAAAUGCCUUCUUUUGGUGAUUUCGGUCUCACCUCCGAAGAUAUUCUUCGCGAAUUUCCUCGUUGCAUCCCACUGCCCCCCGUCAGGUCAGGAACAACUACAUCCCUAACUAGACGCUAAUCAAAAGUGACUUUCUCGUAACGUGCAAGGAAAUCAUCUAAGUGUGCCGCAAAGGUGUACGUAGUGGAGACGUACACAAAAAGUCAAACAAGGCCUUCAUUUGGAAGGAAAGAAGACACAAUUUCUCGUCAAGUAGUCAAAGAUUCGAACUGAGUUGGUCACCCAGACGAGUGAAGAAGGUCAGGCAAGGAUAAUUCAUCCCUUGGAUACCAUCACAGAAUUGGGUCCCUAUCUUUGAGGUUCCGGCGCUUGAAGACACCAUGGGCGACAGUCAAGGCCCCAAGCCGAAACAAUGGAUCUUGAAUGCUUUCACAAUGAGUACUCCCGGGCAUUUAGCUGCAGGUCUAUGGAGGCAUCCAAGGAACCGAACUUCGCAGUACAUUGAUCUCGAAUACUGGACGGAUUUGGCAAAGAUUCUAGAAGAAGGUAAAUUUCAUGGCCUUUUCAUCGCUGACGUUCUCGGCCACUACGAUAUCUACAAAGGCAAGGGAAGUCUGGAUGCGGGACUCCCAGGAGUUGCCCAAUUCCCAAUCACUGAUCCGUCUAUCCCUAUUUCAGCCAUGGCUGCAGUGACCAAGCAUCUCUCGUUUGGCGUCACGGCAUCCACAACGUAUGAGAAUCCAUUUCUCCUUGCAAGAAGGUUCGCAACCCUCGACCACUUGACAAAAGGCCGGAUAGCUUGGAAUGCUGUCACGAGCCAUCUGGAGUCAGCGGCGAAGAAUGUCGGUCUGGAGACUCAGGUUCCGCACGACAAACGAUAUGAAAUGGCGGAGGAGUAUCUGAACGUCAUGUACAAGCUCUGGGAAAGCUCGUGGAGGGACGAUGCCGUUGCCAAAGACGAUAAACAAUACACUGUCCCUGGACGCGUUCGACAGAUCAACCAUAGCGGGGAGUACUUCAAAUCAGCGGGACCCUUUAUCACUGAACCUUCUAUCCAACGCACACCAUUCAUUUUCCAGGCGGGCGCCAGCAGUGCAGGAAAGGCAUUCGCAACCAAACAUGCUGAAUGUAUGUUUUUGCCGGGUAUGACAACAGAAUCUGUCAAAAAGUCAGUGAAUGAGAUUCGAGCACUUGCCACCAAGAACGGCAGGGACCCCUCCCAUCUCAAGCUGAUUGUCGGCAUUCACGUUAUCGUGGACGAGACUGAUGAGAAGGCCCAAGCCAAGUAUGAAGAAUAUCUCUCGUACGCUGACAUGGAAGGGUCCAUGACCUUGUUUGGGGGUUGGACCGGGACAGAUCUCUCGAAACUCGAUGACGACGAAGACUUCCAGUUCUCAGGACCGCCAGGUAUCCAAAGCAUGAUCUCGUCGUGGUCCGCAACGAUUCCGGGCACAAAUGGUGUGAAAUGGACCAAGAGACGGGUGGCACAGGAGCUCGCACUGGGUGGUGCCCAUGCCAAAGCCAUAGGGUCAGCAAAAACUGUGGCUGACAUUCUCCAGCGAUGGGUUGAGGAGAGUGGUAUCGAUGGCUUCAACCUCUCCUACGCCGUCAAUCCAGGCGACUUCGAAGACAUGAUCAAAUGGUUACUGCCGGAGUUGCGGGCGAGAGGAGUCUUCUGGGAUGACUAUGUCGCGACAACCACCAGGGAGAAUUACUUGCAGGAUGGAAAGGGCCCGAGGCUGAGAGAUGAUCACCCCGGAUCUCAAUAUAAAUGGCGAGCGGAGUGAUUUCUGGUGGUCAUUGGAUGUACGCUGUUGCCAUACUGUUGAAUACGUCAACAUGGCGAGGCUGGCGCCAAAGUACGCGAUUCGCUAGACUUCACGCAAGGUUGUGACCCCUGGCCAUAGUCACAAGUGUAUCUUCAAAUUACCAUUACUGUGAUCUUCUUGUACACAAUUUUGUAAGAACCUCGCAGGUACUUGGAAGCCGGUGAAUGGACGUUUGAUGUCUGGUAGUGUCGUCGUCGUCGACUCGCUACCACUCGAUCCGAUUCCCGCCACCGCCGCUGCAAAAGUUUUCCAUCGCACGGAUCCACCUCGAUCAAAAUGGCAAAAACAAUCAACAGUACGGAUUCGCUGCUCGUCACCGACGCAACUACUAACGUACCGGCAUCAGGCUUAAGUACGGCUGAGCGGACGG